CUUGAAAACUUGUUAAAAGCUCUCCCAGUGUUCCAAGUUGGAAAAAAACUUUUACGAGGUAUCAGCACUUUUCUUUCAUUAGUGGGGAAGGAAGGAUGAAAAAUACAAAACAGCAGUAGACUUUUAAAGUUUAAAUAGCCAGGUCUGAGUGCCUGAACGUGCUCUUCCAUUUUACUUUAACCCUCCAAAGAAGUGUUCUGAUCCAGUUUCACUGCUGAUCAGCAAGGCCAGCAUCCUGUGAAGAUGGGUGAUUGGAGUGCCUUGGGAAAACUUCUUGACAAGGUUCAAGCCUAUUCUACUGCUGGAGGGAAAGUGUGGCUGUCUGUCCUCUUUAUUUUCCGAAUCUUGCUAUUGGGGACAGCAGUCGAAUCUGCUUGGGGAGAUGAACAGUCUGCUUUUCGGUGCAACACUCAACAGCCUGGUUGUGAGAACGUCUGCUAUGACAAGUCCUUUCCCAUCUCCCAUGUACGCUUCUGGGUUCUGCAGAUCAUAUUUGUGUCUGUACCUACCCUUUUGUACCUGGCGCAUGUGUUCUACGUAAUGAGGAAAGAAGAGAAGCUGAACAAAAGAGAAGAAGAGCUCAAGGUGGUCCAAAAUGAUGGUGUGAAUGUGGAAAUGCACCUCAAGCAAAUAGAAAUUAAGAAAUUCAAGUAUGGGAUCGAAGAGCAUGGCAAAGUGAAGAUGCGUGGGGGACUGCUCCGUACUUAUAUCAUCAGCAUCCUGUUUAAGUCUGUCUUCGAGGUGGCGUUCUUGCUGAUACAGUGGUACAUUUAUGGGUUUAGCCUGAAUGCCAUCUACACCUGUGAGCGAGAUCCAUGCCCGCACAGAGUGGACUGUUUCCUCUCCCGUCCAACUGAGAAAACCAUCUUCAUCCUCUUCAUGCUGGUUGUGUCCUUGGUGUCUCUUGCCUUGAACAUCAUCGAGCUUUUCUAUGUGUUCUUCAAGGGUGUCAAGGAUCGUGUGAAAGGGAAAACCGACCCCUACUCCCACAGUGGUGCCAUGAGCCCUUCCAAGGACUGUGGCUCCCCCAAAUAUGCUUAUUACAAUGGCUGCUCCUCACCGACCGCCCCCUUGUCUCCCAUGUCUCCCCCGGGGUACAAGCUCGUUACCGGAGACAGGAACAAUUCCUCCUGUCGUAACUACAAUAAGCAAGCCAGCGAGCAAAACUGGGCCAACUACAGCGCGGAGCAGAACAGAAUGGGGCAGGCUGGCAGCACCAUCUCCAACUCACACGCCCAGCCCUUCGACUUCUCCGAUGAGCACCAGAACACUAAAAAGCUGGCGUCGGGACACGAGCUGCAACCCCUCACCAUUGUGGACCAGAGGCCUCCCAGCCGAGCCAGCAGCCGAGCCAGCAGCAGGCCUCGACCUGAUGAUCUGGAGAUCUAAGCUUCUAGCUGCAGUACUUGCUCAACUAUGAAACGACGUGCAUUGGAAGAUGCAGUCAGUGCUGAUCUUGUUCCAGUGGAGGUGGUACUUAACAGUCUCAAGCAGGAGAUUUUAACAAUCAUAAAAACAAACAAGCGAACAAACUUUUAAAAAUUACUUGCUGUUUUUUGGGGGGAUGUGGGGUUGGUGUGGGGUGGUACAAUACACAUUGGUAUUUAAUGUAGCUGGUUUAAAGAAUUUAAAUACUAAAAAACAAGAAAAAAAAAAAAGGAAAAAGGUAGUCAGUACUAAGGUAGGGGGUUGUUUUUCUAGAAAGGCUGUAAAUAUCUGAGUGUAUGUGUAUGUGUGUACUAUUGUGUUUGUUUCUAAAGAAUCUUCUGUAAUACUAAAACCCAAUAAUAACUGAACUCACAUUUGUCAGGGUGAAGUGCUGCCUGAAGAUGAAAACAUUUUUCCUAUUCAACAAGCAAAAAAGUCCAGGAGUGCCUCUGAUCAUUUCCCUGUCAAGAACAUUCCAUUCUUAGAAAGUGCACUUUGAAGGUAAACUUUCCUACGUGGUCCUCCAGGUUGUCGAAAGGCUCCUGUGAGGACAACCGACAGCCUUUGAAUCAUUCAAUUCAAAUUUCAGACAUGGCCCACCAAGAAAUACUUUGGUCACCUGUUUUUCCAGCCCUUCACACAGGUAGAUUUUGUGAUGUGCGUAAGUGGGAUGGCUCCACACUCGCAGAACCGGCAACCACACUCUCUUGCCCACAGCAAUAUCCGUGUCCUGCUGCUCACGUACAGUCUAAUUAGCAUUAUAUAAAACCCAGUUUGCUGCCACUUGCAGAUUUGAGAGACAGGCAAGCAACUGCCUUUAGUGAAUUUUGUCACACCUUUAUGUAUAUUAAGGGUGUACUUACGUGUGUGGAUGUGGAGAUAAAGUUAUACACAAAACACCCUCAAAGCAUACGUUGAGAAAUAAAUGCACACAGAUUACUUGCAGUUGACACUUUCUCAUGGAUAUUGUGAAGAUGUGGGCCACUAUGGUGUUUACAUUCUCUGAUUCCUUCAAUGCAAGCGAAGCACAUGUCAUUAUAUUUUUUUAAUUCUAUAGAAUAUUUUCCAUGUAUCCUAAAUGGAUGCUUUUUUAAAAAUAAAAAAUAAAAAGGGCCUAAUCCUGGAUGUCUCGCUCUGGAA